AUGCACAGACGCGAUCAGGCUUUAUAUGAAUCGGUAAUUCCCGUAGAUGUGCUCUGGGCAUUCAAUCUACUGACACUAGAAUGGAGAAGAUACCGAUUUCUCAAUCAGGCUCCUUCCGGUUUGGCUUCAUUUUCACUCGUCCCAAUUGAGCCACAUCACUCGGAUGUCUUAUUUUUUGGAGGAUCUGGACCACGUUUUGGUCGCACUUCAUCCAAUGAUCUUUACAGACUUUGCGCUUUUGCUUAUGGUGGUAAACCUGGAAGUUAUUAUGUUGUUGGAGGGUCUGACGGCAUCAAUUUUGAUAUGGAAAUUUAUUCUCUUCAAUAUCAGAUUUCCGAAGAAAAUCCAAAAUGUUCAUGGAAAUGGAAACAUCUAAACAAGGAUAUGGUGCCGUUUUUAUUUCUUGAGGCAUUUGAUUUAGAAAAGAAUUUAAACAAACGUGCUAUUUGCAACGGCAACGAAAAUGGUGAAUAUCCAUUGCCCAGAAAAUGCCAUUCCUUAUCAAGAUUUGGACGUGAUGUGAUAAUUUGUGGUGGAGUUCACUCGACAGAAACUGGGCGACAAAAAAUUCUUGAUGAUGUUUGGAUUCUGAAUUUGGACACGAUGACGUGGCGAAAAUAUCCAUUCAAGCUUAAAGUGCCGGUGUUCUUUCACGAUUCAGCGAUUACAAGCGACGGAUGUCUUCUGGUGUUCGGCGGUGUUCUUGAUGAGAAAAAUUGGACACGUACAAAUGUUCUACAGCACGCAUUCAUUUGCCCUCCAAAAAUGGAGAGAUGGGCAAUGUUUGAAUAUCUUCACCAAAGAAUACACAAAUUGUCGUGGACGCAAAAAUUUGAUCUACAAUAUUCAACAUCAUUUCCAAUAUUUAUUAUGAAAUUUUUGGAGCAAGAAACGGAUGAGCUGAUAAAUGAGCGUCUCAAUGAUAUUUUUAAUCGCGGCAUCCAAAUUAAGCUGCAAAUGGAUUAUCCGGUUAGAUUGAAUCGAAAUCAUUUGUUCAAGGUGAAACUCAAAAUUCCGUUUGUUAUAAAUCGAUUGUCUGAUUUCAGUAUCGAAGCUGCAUUCCUAGAAGCAAAUGUGCCAAGUGAGCAAGUUCGGGAAGAGAUUGAGAAGCUUGAUGAAAUUUGGAAUAUUGUGGUUUUUAACACAAUUGGUCAUUUUCGCGAUUUGCGAGAAUUUGGAAGAAACGCUCAAGCCCCCGAUCAAGAUCGAAACAGGCAUGAUGGAUUUGAUAAUUUUAUUGGAGAUGAACCACCGCCACCACCGCAGUAA